AUGGCUGUAACUGUGGUAAGUGCUGCAAGGAAGAGCAGAGCUGGAAGGGAGGUGCAGAGUCUGGAAGGCCACGCAGAUCAGGACGACAAGACCAAGUCAAUGUGUGUUGUGUGUACGGUGGUGGUGCUAGCGCGGAAGAAGAGGGGUGCUGACCAAGGGCUGCGGCAGGUGGUCCCAAGGGACCAGCGACCCAGAGCAAGCCCGGCAGCGCGCGGCACGCCUCGGCCUUCGCCCUUUGGGCCGGGACCUGUCAGAGGCCGCUGGGCGUGGAGGCCGGGACGGACCAACGACACGCGGGGGCGGCCUCCGGGCAGGCUAGAGCCCAACAGGCUGGAGGGUCGGAAAAGGGGUGACACACUUCUGGCCCCGCAGCCUCGGUGGGGAGAUUGUCAGCGCGGAGGCGACCUCUUCCGGUCGGUGCACGGAGCUUCGCGCCCAGGCGCUGUGUGUGUGUCAGGCUGCGGAGCCACCGCUCCUGAAACUUUUACGUUUACCAAAGACGGGAAUAAAAGAGGCCGGAUGAUGGCAGCUGAAUCCGUAGCAACCAGGCCCCAGGAAUCAGUGACUUUUGAGGACGUGGCCAUGUACUUCACUGAGAAGGAAUGGACCAGCCUGAUGCCUGCUCAGAGGGCCUUGUACAGCGAUGUGAUGCUGGAGAACUCUGAGGCUGUGGCACUCCUAGAAAACAUCUCAAAACUAAGAAGAUUUACUUAUUUGGCUAAAAUAAUAACGGCUCUCAUCAGCAUGUGA